UACUAGAAGGGGACCGUGGGUUGAACACUUGAACUGAGAGGUGGACAUCGCAGUGCCGUGAGCCCGUGACGCGGUGGCGCCGCCGCCGGAGACGAAGGCAACAACCCGCGGCGGCCUUCUCGGCGGCUCGAACCGACACGCUUGGGCAGUUGGGCUCGGCCCAUAGCCCGGAAGAGGACAAACCGGCCUCCGCGUCGGGACCCCGCCGCCCGAUCCCGAAGCGCUGACGGCUCCGAUCGGAUCACGCGUCGCUGCCGCCUCCACGCCAACCUGCCCCCACCACCGGUCCACCCCGCGGCAGCUCGCUUUCCCCACCAUCCCAAGCAAAGCGAGAGCACGAGCACGGGCACCCAGCCGGAGCAGCAGCCAAGCGCCACACGCCGCCGACGCGAACCAGCCAACCAACCGGCUGGUGGGUAGGCAGGUUAGGUAGGCAGCUCGGCUCACGAUGGCGCCGCGCCGCGCCGCCCUCUUCGCCGCCGCGCUCCUCCUGGCCUCCGCCGCCGCGGCGGUCUCCGGGUUCCACCUCGGCGGGGACGAGAGCGGGCUCGUACGGGGCGUGCUCGCCGCGCUCCGCGAGCGGGCCGAGGCCGAGGACGCCGCGCGCUUCGCCAUCGCCCACCACAACAGGAACCAGGGUGCUGCUUUGGAGUUGACACGGGUGCUGAAAUCGAAGCGGCAGGUGGUGACCGGGACACUGCAUGACCUGGUAUUGGAGGCUGCUGAUGCUGGAAAAAAGAGUCUGUACAGAGCAAAGGUUUGGGUGAAGCCAUGGGAAGAUUUCAAGUCAGUUGUUGAGUUUCGCCUUGUUGGAGACUCUGAGGUUGAAUCCGAGCUUUCUGUUGCUUCUGAUGGUAGCUCUGUUCAAGCCAUUGCCAAGGUCUCUCUUGAAGCAGACAUCGCACAAGAAGAGGCUCGCCUGCACACAGUUGAGAAUGAAGGACUUUCCAACGGCUUCACAUCGUCCUCCUAGACAUACUUGGUGUGACUAGAAUUCCAGGAGGGGAUGGAAGGUGUGAAGGUAGUAACUGAAGUCUUAAGGUAUCUAUAGAUAGUAGGUCGCUGUCAAGCUGAAAUGCUUCGACUCUUCUACCGGAAUAUGUAUAUUUUGUUUGGAACGUGGGAACAUAGAUCUGUAUAUUUCAGUUUUCACACUGUCCAUUUCCAUGUCUGUACAUAAGGUGGCCAGUUCUUCUGUCUGUAUGGCAGUAGUACUUCAACUGCAUGCAAAAUCGUCGUCUGGUUUUCAACUAUUACAAGUAAAUUCCAAAGUAA